GAUCAGCAGCGGUGUUGUCCUCGGAGACCGAUCCAAGAGAACUUGCAAUGGAGGCUUUCAUGAUGCCCAGCGUGCACACUGGCGUGGCGCCGAGCACGCAGACCACAGGCCACCUCCGUCCCCACCACGCGGUCCAUGCACAGCCGAAUGGAGCGGAGGCGCCAUGCCAUGGCUCCGUUUUGGGCACCUGGGCAGCCCUGGGCGCUUCUGUUGCGCUGGCGCAGCGAGGAACUCGUACAGCUCGCCGCAGCACGGAAACGGAAAAGGAAGCCUUUAAUGUGUGGCAGCCCUCCACCUAUGGCAACAUCACCAUGGAUGAUGUGAAGAAAUAUGGCACCGCCGGCACCCUCUCAUACGUCAUCACGGAGUUGAUCUUCUGGGCUGUGGCCUUUCCCACGGAAAUCUUCAUCUACCUACAGACGGCUGUUCACUGGCCCGACUUCAGCAAGCCUGAAGAGAGCGCCGCCGUCUUCGGCAUGGUCUUCGCCGCCUCCAACAUCGCACGUCUGCUGCUGCCCUUGCGCUUCGGCGCGGCGCUAGCGAUGGCGCCCUGGGUGGACGAGAACAUCAUGCAGAGGUUUUCUGAACCGCAGGCCACUGAUUCCGCGACCACCACAGCAGUGCCGGUGGCUGUGCCUGUGCCUGUGAGCAACGCGCCCAUUGAGAAGAACGAGAACGAGCUGCGAGCCUAUUUGAUGCAGAACUGAAGCAGGAUUUGACUGCGAAGGCAAUCUGAGAAGAUCGUCUCAUAGCCGAGAAACGCCGCUGAUCAUGCAUGUUUAGAACCAAAACAUGUACAGCUUUUCAUCAUUUUCAGCCAACACUGGGAGGGGUCUUUGCAACCGCAAAAAAACACAUGUCAGGCACCGCUAUUUCUGACACCAUCAUGGUGCCCCCUUCCCAGGCAUGGCUUUCAGAUUAGACCCAUUUUCUGGCGGCAGAUGAUACCAUCUUGCUUGCCACCCUUCCUCGGCCGGUGGACCUGCGUUUUCCAACCACCCCGGCCCUUUUCACCGCGAGCAACUGCAAAGCGACACCAUUUCUGUGGUGUUUUUAGGUCUGGUGGACAUGACUGUAUGGGUCCACGAGCUGCAAAAGGUGCGACCUGCUGAGCGGUUCCAUGAUGAAA